AUGAAGAAGCCGGGCAAAUUUGCAAAUUCACCCUUCCAUAGAGAGGGCCGAACAGGAGAAAAAGCUUCUUUGCAGCCGCAGAAUCCACAAUCGCCAAAGGAUGAGUUUUUCAGUGAGCUAGUGAAGACAGGGCGUCCUAACUGGAAAAAGGCUCCUUCCGCUGUCAAGCAAAGAUACAAUGGGAUUUUCAUGAUUCUUUUCUCGAUUCCUAUCAUGGCCCUCUCUGGGUGGGAGCUUUACCGUAGAAUGGAAGGCAAGUCGACCAAGAAAGUUCAGGAAGGUGAGAUCAUCCAGGGCAAAGAGGUUAGGAAAUUUGACGAGGCAGAAAAAUGGCAGAGAGAAAAGAAUAGUCUUUUGUUCAAGAUUUUUGGUCGUGAUUUCUUCUUGGAUGGCUUCACCAGUAAAACUAUGGAAUCUGAAACACACAAGGAUCAAAAGAAAUGA